UGACCGAGAGGAGGACGUAUGAGAAAAUUAAAAGCAAACACUGGUGGAAUUAAGCAAAUAAAGGAUUGGCAUAGGCUACUCAGGGCACGACGACAACCUAGGCAGGCCAACAUACUGUUGCUUUUAGUUGAUAAGAACUUCAAUGGAAAAUAGUAAUUGGUGUUAGUGCAAUUUGUACAGUGAGAACCCUGUGCCUUGGCAUGGUUUGGUCUUCAUCACUAGCAAUGGGAUUAUCUCACGUUAUAAUGUGCCUCUGUGUGACAGGAGUGUGGUGUCAAGUAACUCCUUUGUCACUAAACACUACAACUACAAUCUCGCCUACAACCCCUAAACCAACUCCCGCCAAUGUAGGACAUGUCACUGUGAUAGGGCGAAAUGAGACCAGUAUAACUUUGCAGUGGAACGAAGUGAAUGGAACAGGGAUCACUUAUGAACUGAAGUUCAGCAAUGGGUCUAAUACUACCAACCCUGUAUCUGAUGGAAAUGGAACAGUGACAUACACAGUCUCCCCUCUCACUGCUGGGACAGAAUACAACUUCACUCUCUUCACUGUGUCUGAGGGUGGCAGCAGCAUUGGAUAUAACUUUCUAGCUGUUACUGCUCCCGCCAAUGUAGGAAAUGUCACUGUGAUAGGGCAAGAUGAGACCAGUAUAACUCUGGAGUGGGAAAAGGUGUCGGGAACAGGGAUCACUUAUGAACUGAAGUUCAGCAAUGGGACUAAUACUACCAUCUCUGUAUCUGAUGGAAAUGGAACAGUGAUAUACACAGUCUCCCCUCUCACUGCUGGGACAGAAUACAACUUCACUCUCUUCACUAUGUUCAAAGAAGUACCAAGCAGAGCAUACAAUUUCAUCGCAGUCACCCGUCCCCUCAGUGUAGAUGGUGUCAAUGUGACAGGGCAAAAUGAGACCAGUAUAACUUUGCAGUGGAACAAAGUGAAUGGAACAGGGAUCACUUAUGAACUGCAGAACACCACUGGGACUAAUACUAUCAUCCUUGUAUCUGAUAAAAGUGAAAUAGUUACAUACAUAGUAUCACCUCUCACUGCUGGGACAAAAUAUGAGUUCACUCUCUUCACUUUGUUUGAAGGUGUCAGGAGUAUUGAUGGAAGUAAAUUAUCUGCAGUCACUGCUCCCCUCAAUGUUGAGGCUGUGACUGUAACAGAGUCAGACCGCACUGAGACCAGCAUAACUCUGGAGUGGAAAAAGCCGGCGAAUGGAGUCUCCAGUUAUGUGCUGCAGUUCGGCGAUAAGGGAAAUAUACCAAUUAAUAAAUUAGGAGAAACAGUGACACAUCAAGUUUCAUCUCUCGAUGCUGGGAAAAGAUAUGUCUUCACCCUCUUCACUGUGUUUGAAGGUAUCAAGAGCAGUGGAGAAAGCAACUUCACAGUAACAAAAAUAUUUUGUUCUGCUUUACACUGGGAGGUCACCAACUCAUCCAUUCAGACUGUGCUCCAGUCCAGUGAAGUCUCCUAUGGACAGGCAAAUAAUGGAAGUCAAACUGGAGAACACGUCAGCCCUAACAAUGGCAAUCUGUCAUUCAUUCACCUUUACCCUGGCGCAGUUUACAACGUGACUCUUUGGUUUAGACAGGAUUCUAAAAAACUUCUUAUGUGUGAACACAUGGAGACUGUGGUUCCUCCAGCGCUGAUAAGUCCAAGAUGUGACUAUUUGUCUGGUGGCUACGCUUUCUCUCUGGCCUGGGAUGUGCCGGAGGGAAUAUGGACAAGUGUGGAGGUGAAUGUGACUGGGAAAAGCCCUCAGACGGUGAAGGGAGUGUGUGUGAUGAAGGCAGACAUCGAUGGGGUUCAACCUGCCCAGACCUAUCCAGUGUCUUUGGCAUUAAUCUCUGGGCCUCGGAUGAGUAAGGCUGUCUCUUUCAGCUGUAAUACAGACCCAAGAGGGGUCAUUGCAGGGUCAGUCAUGGCUGUGCUGCUACUCUGCCUUCUGGUUUGUCUGGUUUUCUUCAUAUGGCGUCAGAAGCCAGACAUGUUCAGCCGGCCCAAGUCGUUGUUUGUGGAAUCCAAACUAGCCAGCAAUAAAUUAAAAGCUAUUCCCAUGGGGAAAUUUCCAGACCACUUCCACAGAAUGAGCGCUGACACGAACAGAGGAUUCAGUGAGGAGUAUGAGGACUUCAUCCCUGUUGGCACAGAGCAGACUAGAAAAGCAGCCCUUCUGGAGGAGAACAAGAACAAGAACCGCUUCACCAAUGUACUGCCAUAUGACUGGUGUCGGGUGAAGCUAACCAAGCUAAACCAAAACAUGAGCUCUGACUACAUAAAUGCCAAUCACAUGCCUGGCUACGGUAACAGCAGACAGUACAUCGCUGCACAGGGUCCCCUGCCCACCACCGUCAACGACUUCUGGAGAAUGAUCUGGGAGCAAAGGGUAAAGGGUGUGGUCAUGGUAACCAACUGCACCGAAGGAGGGAGGAGUAAAUGUGAGCAGUACUGGCCUUUGGACUACACCCCUUGCCUGUACGGAGACCUGUUGGUAACAGUCCGGUCCGAGAAGAGGGAAACCAACUGGACACUGCGGGAGUUUGUAGUGAAAAAUAAGGACACAUCCGAGGAACGCCCUGUGAAACACUUCCACUUCACGGCCUGGCCCGACCACGGAGUCCCAGAGGGAACGGCGGCUCUGAUCCAGUUCAGAGGGCUGGUCCGACAGCACAUAGAGAGCCGUGAGAACACCGGACCCACUGUGGUGCACUGCAGUGCUGGGGUGGGGAGGACGGGCACCAUCAUUGCUCUGGACGUGAUGCUACAACAACUGGAGAGGGAGAAGGCGGUGGGCAUCGCUGCCUUUUUGCACAAGAUGAGGCUGAGUCGACCGCUCAUGGUUCAGACAGAGUCGCAGUAUAUUUUCCUGCACCAAUGCAUCAUGGAUUCUCUGGAGCCCAAAGAGAAGAUGAUACAAGAGGCCCUGUAUGAGAACUCGGACCUGAUCUACGCCAACGCCACAGCACUGAGGGAGUUUCAAGCUGGCAAUCCAAAGGUCUUAAGAUAAGGCCAUGGAUUGUCUGCUGUGAGUUCGUUUUUUCAUUCACUUUGGCACAUUUUUCAGAUGUAAAUGGUAUAUUUUCAAAAUUCUCGAAGUACAAAACUCUAAACUGAUAACAAUUGUAAUGCCCCCUAUCUUAUGUUCAGAACCUUUGAUUGUGCAUUCAAUGGGGUUUCACACAUCUUUCACCCGAGUCAUUCAUGCAAAAUCAAUGUUUUCCGUGAAAUACCGUUUAGUCAGUUUAGUCACUAAUACAUCAGAUAAUGAUAGGCUCACCAUUUUGUCAUUUUAACUACAAUUAAAUCCAAUAGCAAAAAAUGCAAGAUACACAUUUCAAAACUGUUAUUUUUGAAGUGCUGAAUAUAAAGAAUAAUAGAUGUAAAUAUAAUGUUCCAUAUAGUAUGACUACUUGACAUGCACAAUUAUUUGUAAUUGUAUCCAAUGGUAGGUUGUGAGGAUGUUGAGAAAUAUAUGUCUUAGUUUAAUUAUCCUUAUACAGUACAUACGUAGGACAAAUCAUCAGAAAUAGGGUUAUUGUAAAGCAGUUGGCUACUGUAAAAACGUAGCACAUUGUUGUAUCCCAUUUCUGCCCCAAGCAACAUUGAACAAGAUCACCUUUUCUACGUGACUGAUACAGUAUCGCCUGUCUCUCUGCUUGAAAUUCAUCCGUUUACAGUGAAAGGUGUAAGCUGAAAUUCAGAUGAGUGAAAUAUGUUAUAUACAACCCAGGUAUUUCAGCAGUGCAUGGUACACUACACUAUAACUCCAAAUGGUAGCACAUAGUGACUCUUUCCACUUUGUCCUUUGAAGCACACUGGCUGAUGGAGGAUGAUGAUGAAGUAUUUACAGCCACAUCCAUAUAUAAUUUGUUUUUACCUUCCAACAUCAAAUUGAUACAUUUAUGAGGUAAAAAUAUCUGUCGAUCUGCCCUUGAGCAAGGCAUUUAACCCUAAUUGCUCCUGUAAGUCGCUCUGGAUAAGAGCGUCUGCUAAAUAACUCAUAUGUAAAUGUAACUAGGCACUACAUAAUUUUUGUUCAGUGGUUAUUAGUUUUGAGCAGUUUUAUUGAGUUAAUUGUAUUGUUAACAAAUGACAAGAAAAUCUAUCAAAAGUAAAGUGAAUUUUAAAUUUCGGAAAGCAGAUAUAUAAAAGCAACAUGCCACAAUUUUACGGCGUUACAGUUCAUAUAAGGAAAUCAGUCAAUUGAAAUAAAUUCAU